AUGCUCGCCCUACGACAAAAAGCCGCUCGCGUAGCAUUGCGGCCAACCCAGUUUUCCAGGGCGACGAGACGAUAUGCCUCGGGCGGACAUCACCACGAACACGCCAGUGCGGACGAGCCACUUGGGACUGGCCUCAUCAUUACUGUCGCCGCCCUGCCUGCGGGCUGCCUUUUGUACUUCGCUGCCCGCCGAGGCGAGAAUGGAGAGGAGCCUGCCCUUACGAGGUGGCUGCGGAAGUACCAGAGUUUGAACGAGGUCUGGCUCGAGAGGAAUACGCUACACUCCCAGGCUGUCCAGCAGGCCGCUGCCGAUAAACUGCUCUUCCUUACUGCUCCCAGGUCCACCAACUACGAGCUCCGGUUCCCCGAGAUCAUUCAAUCCCAUUCGCCGAGAAAUGUCGUUGCCGGCUCCCUCAUCAACAUCGAUGCGGUAACGGAACGUUACAGGAAGCAGCAUUACGAGGAGGAGGAACGCAAGGCGAAGAAGCUUGCGGCUAAGCAACAAGCGGAGGCGGCAGAGAAGGCGUAA